UUUGCAGUUUGAACUUCACACGUCGGAAUCUUCACCUAGCAAAGCUGCCUCGCCCACCCCAAAAGCCAUCGCAGUCAGAAAACCAACCAGCCCGAGCUUGCGCCAGCGAAGCUACUCCUCGCAGAACUUCUACCCUUCCAUUUCGGCCCGCACCAUCCUUUCACGUGGAUACCAGUACUGGCACGGUUUUGGACCAUUAGCACGCGCCCUGCACCCUUGUGCGUCAGACUCGCCCGCCCGAUGCCCCCCAGGCCCGCGUUCUUCCCCCGACGCUCCAGCGCAUAGUCAACCACCCGCCCAAAGCACCUCGGACCCCGGCAACCCGGCGCCCAUCACCAUCACCCUCCUGCCGCCCCCCGUCCAUGCCCCGACGCCCCGGCUGACGCACCUCCACGGCCGCCUUGCUCGCCUGGACGAAAGGGGCUCUAUCGAGUAGGGGAUAGACGCUUCAGCUUCAGGCCUCCUACCGCCCAUCUUCACCCUCAUGGUGCCUCCGCCACCCCGACCAGGAACCUUUUCGCCCAACCAACCCCAGGCGCUGCAGACGGGCAUCAGUCAUUCGCCCCAUCCCUCGCAGACUGGCGGUCUCAGUGCUGGUGCAAGCCCAAGUACCAGCAGCCCCACUGGGACCAGCGUCAGCAAGAUCAGUGUCGCCCAGGUCUACCUCUUGCUGAGCACUAUCAAGGAGGACAAGGAAGAUCCCACAAAGUGGGAUCAGCACACAGAGCAGCUGAGAAAGCUCAUCGAUGACAACGGUAUGGAAGUGUUCACAAAGUACUUUGCGCGCCUGGUAGCAGGCAAUGCUCCCCAGAUCUUCCCGGGCGUGUCCCGCCUAGGGGGCAAUGCGGGCAACAUGCACAUACUGGUUGGGGAGAUGCGAAAGAUCGGCCGCGACCAGGAAUACGCCCGCAAGAUUGCCGAGUCUAUCGAGCAAGGCACCGAGGACAUUUUCCGAGACUUUGAUCUGUCGACCUUUAUGGAGCACUUCAAGCUGGACCCUCUCGAGAAGACCAUCCUCGCGCUCGCUUUCAAGGUCGGGUCGCGUUCUGAUCUGAGGACAAAAGCCGAUGCGAUCCUCUCGGCCAACUUCUCCUCCUUUGUCAAUAUCUUGUCAAGGCCAGCCGGAGAAAAUGCCCAGCUCACACCGUCCUUCGUCUCCCUUAUCCUGGAUCGCUUCAUCCAGGAACACCCUCCCAACUUCGCCUCUCACGCCAAGUCGGAGCUGGUGUUCAAAGCGACCACGCGUUAUUCCCAGAGCGAUCAAGCCCCACCUUCUGAAGUCCUAGCAACCCUCGAUCUUUUCCGUGUCCUCGGUGACAAGCCUGGGAACGCGCUGGCGCUGUACAUGAAGAAGGUGGGGUCUGAGUUCACCCGCGAUCAUGACACCUGCCUGAAGUACCUGCAGUCUCGGCCAGGCAGUAUUCCGCUAGGUGAAGAGCAGGUGUCGUUCGCCUUGACCUAUGCCACCGUCAGCCAGUCCCAACGGCACGACCCUGUGGUCCUGGUGAGCGCCCUCAGGCAUGUGGUCAACGCUUCCUUCCGGUGGCAGCUUGUCGUGUCGUGCUUUGAUCAGCGAGAUGCUCGCAUAUCCUCGCGCCAGUUCUUGCGUCUAUAUAGCGCCCUGCUGCCUGUUGCCAAGGAGGACAGCUUGUUUGACAUACAGCACCUUUGGGGCGGGAACUGGGACAACCCCGAAACACAGCUCUCCUACAUAUGCGCCUUUGCAUCUCUGAGCCCGGAGCAACUGGACGCAAGCAACAUUCCGCGUCUCGAACCUACCUUCACACCCGAGACGUACGCCCAAUCCCCAUCGCCCGUACGGGAGCGGGCCGCGGUUGCCGUCAAGCAUCCCCUGGUCUCGGUGGCAGCCCUCUCGGCUGUUUUUCAUGUUGCCCUAAACUCGAUUCACGCUUCGCAGACCCCCGAGGCCAAGCGCCUAUUCCAAGAGGUUGUCGUGCCGAAUCUAGACAUCUUCGUUGUGUCUGCCUUCGGCGUUCCAAAACCUUGGCCAGCCAUGGCCGUCGAGACCCUGAACUCGCUCUUCGAAAACUUCCUCUACGAGAAUUCCACCACCUCUGACUUCGUUCUGGAAAGCCUAUGGAGGAAGGACAGCGACUGGGUGAAGCAGAGACUUGCCGAUGCCCAUGCCGUCAAGCCGAUGGAUCUGCCAAUAAUAUUUCGGCAUGCUGUCAAGCACAACUGGCUCAACGACCUGGUCUCCCUCACGACUGGGUUCGGCCUCGACCUGGCUGCUCUUGCUCACGCUGAAGGGUACUUGGACCUAGCUGAGUACGCGAGGAAUAAUAGAGACAGGAGCGGCGAGAUCUCGCGGUCACUGUUGCAGUUCCUCCUGAUCAAGGCCGAAAUGGAGCUUAAGGUGCAGCGGCCGCCCGAGCAAUCUCUACCAGCGAAGCAGAACACGCCCCUGCAGGUCAAGACUGUAUCUGCACUCUUGGGAAUCCUUCAGGAUUUUCUCCCUAAGCAGCCGUUUCCUGAACUGAUAACCGUCCAGCGCACAUGCAUCACCGUGUACCCGCGCCUGAUAAACUACGGCGAGGGGUACGACGACAUUGUUGACGCCAAUGGGAAAACUGGCAACGCUUUGCCUCCUGCCGCCAACGCCAAGAUGGAGGAGCAUUACAAGAAGAUGUACAGUGACGAGGUCCAAGUCCGAAACAUUGUCGAGGUGCUUGAGCGGUACAAGCACUCUCGCGAUUCUUUGGAGCAGGACAUCUUUGCUUGCAUGAUUCACGGCCUCUUCGACGAGUAUACUCACUUCAGUGACUACCCUCUGGAGGCGCUGGCGACCACAGCCGUCCUUUUCGGCGGCAUCAUCUCUCACAAGCUCAUCUCUGAGCUUCCUCUUCAGAUCGGGCUUGGCAUGAUCCUGGAGGCGGUUAGGGACCACAAUCCGAACCAGGCCAUGUACAAAUUCGGGCUCCAGGCUCUGAUGCAGCUGUUCACCAGAUUGCGCGAGUGGCCUGGGUUUUGCGAGCAGUUGCUGCAGGUCCCCGGCCUCCAGGGGACGGAGGCGUGGAAGAAGGCCGAGGAUGUCGUGCGGAGCCACGAGGAGGAACUGUCGAGGAAGCACAACGGGACUGGUGGCUUAGGGGGCGACGGUCUAACCAACGGCAACACUGACGACGGCGGGGGAGUAGAGCCACAUGCUCCACCGUUUUCAUCUAUCAAUGCCGACAGCCGCCCGUCCAGCCUCGGCCUUGAAGAUCCCGACGACGACACUCAGGGCAAAAUACAGUUCGUGCUCAACAACAUCACCGAGAACACCCUCCAGACCAUGUUCAAUGAACUCUCCGACAUGCUCGAGCACAAGCACCAACAGUGGUUCGCCAGUCAUCUCGUUGAGGAGCGGGCCAAGAUGCAGCCGAACUACCAUCACGUCUACCUUGAACUGGUCAAGCAGUUUGGGGACAAGUCGCUGUGGUCCGAGGUCUUACGGGAGACGUACACCAGUGUGGCCCGCAUGCUCAACGCCGAGGCCACUAUGGGGAACUCGACAGAGCGUACGCACCUCAAGAACCUCGGCGGCUGGCUAGGCCUGCUGACCCUUGCGAGGGACAAGCCGAUCAAGCACAAGAACAUCGCCUUCAAGCAGCUUCUCAUGGAGGCCCAUGAUACUAAGAGGCUCAUCGUGGUCAUACCUUUCGUCUGCAAGGUCCUGAUUCAGGGAGCUUCGUCCAACGUUUUCCGUCCGCCAAAUCCUUGGCUCAUGGACAUCAUCUACCUGCUCAUCGAACUAUACCACAAUGCCGAGCUGAAGCUCAACUUGAAGUUCGAGAUCGAAGUGCUCUGCAAGGGACUAAGCCUUGAUCACAAGAGCAUAGAGCCUUCCGGCGAGAUCCUAAACCGCAUCGCGGUGGAAGAGCCUGCGGAAAUGACACCGCCCGAUGUCCUAGAAUCUUUCGAGAAUCUGUCCCUGAACGGCAUGGGUCCGGCAGUUGGCGGUGGCUUGUCUCCGCACGCCAUCACACCGUCGAUUCCUGACAUCAGUUCGCUCCUACAGAUUCCACCGACCAACGAGAUGGUAGUGAGCACUUCUCGACUCACCGAGAUUGUCCGGACAGCCAUCAACAAGGCCCUCCACGAUAUAAUCCAGCCGGUCGUUGAUAGGUCCGUCACGAUCGCUGCCAUCUCGACCCAGCAGAUGGUUCAUAAGGACUUUUGCACGGAACCCGAUGAGAACCGUGUCCGUACGUCUGCCAUCAACAUGGUCAAGGCGACUGCUGGAAGCUUGGCCCUGGUUACGUCUCGGGAGCCGCUCCGGGUCAACAUUGGCAACCACAUGCGCAGCCUCUCCAACGACCUCCCCCAGGUGCUGCCCGAGGGAACGAUCCACAUGUGCGUCAACCUCAACCUGGACGCAGCAUCCAGCGUGAUUGAGAAGGCGGCCGAGGAGCGAGCUGUGCCCGAGAUUGAGGAGAUGCUCGAGAUGGAGCUUGAAGCAAGGCGACGACACCGCGCGACGAGGCCUAACGAGCCUUAUGUCGACCCGGGCAUGAGUCGAUGGGCGUGGACGAUCCCCAACCCUUAUAAGCUUUCUCCCAACGUCAAUGGUCUCAACCCAGAGCAGAUGGCCAUCUAUGAGGAUUUUGCGAGGCAGCCUCGGACCUCUGCAACCCCAGCCGCGCCGUCACACGCUGCCUCCGCGUCCGACGCAUCAAGGUCGCUAGCCAACGAGGUUCUUCAGGAUCAGUACAACUCGGUGCCGGCCUUGCCUAUUCCAUCCGAGACCCCUGCAAACUCCAACCUGGGUACGCAACAGGUGCCGCCAUAUUCGUCGCAAGGCCCCUCGGCCGCCAUGGUGAACGGGCGGCAGCACGGUCCCAACAUCGAUGGAAGGGCUGUGGCCGACCGUGUGCAGAAGCUACUCGUGGAGAUCCAGAGGGUCGCAACUGAUGCUCCUGAGGAGCACUUCGCCGACAUCCCCCGCCCCCAUCAAAUUCUGGACUUUGUCGAUGCCGUCGUCCAGCUUCUCAUCAAGGCUCAGCAGACAUCAGAGGACGUGACCAUCUACGCAUCGGACCUCAUUGCGCAGAUGCUCUUCAACAACCCCACGGACGACAGUCUUGCUAUUGAGACGUUUGUACACGUUCUCAACACGCUCCGCAAGAUCGCUGGACCAGCCUUGAACCAGCGCGUCAACAAUAUCUUCCAGCAGCAGCCUGGUGUGAACCUCUUGAGUCUGCCGCUCAUCUCAAGUUUGAUGGGGACCGACCUUUUGAACUGGAGGAACGUCGACAGCGCCAUCGCCGCGGCGCUAAAGCAGCGCAAGGAGGGCUCCAUCACCUUUUUAGAGAAGGUUAUGGACCUCACCGUCCUCAACGAUACCCCAGUCACAUUAUACGCCGAUUUCGUCCGCAGUCUCGACGAGGCCUGGGCAUGGAUCAUGGAGGAGCCCGGAGUACCGGGUGGCGACAGGCUAAAGGCUAAGGUUCUCGCGCCGCCUGCAGACCCUCCUUCGGGACUGAGCCACAACGAGAUGGCCGCCCUCCGUAAAGACCAGAUGGAGUAUGUGUUCGAAGAGUGGGUCCGACUGUACACCCACCCCAGCGCGAGCACCAAGUUUGCCGCCAUCUUCGUCCAGCAGAUGUUUGCGCGUCAUGUUAUCAACAACACCGAGGACGUGACCCUGUUCGUGCGUGUGGCCAUAGAGAAGUCGGCUGAGAUGUGCGAGUCCAACCUGCUUGCUGGUGGGAGCUUCUCCGACGGCUAUCUGGGCGUCGACGCCUUUGGAACCCUGGUCGGUGUUCUUCUCAAGGGACAGAGCGAGGACGAGACGAACGCCCAGUUUCCGCGGGCGGAGUUCUUGGACUCGGUCAUGGCGAUCGGCGUGCUGCUGAUGAACCAGCACUACCUCAUGCGUGGGGACCAAUUCAACCAGCGGCUUUUCUUCCGCCUCUUUUCGGUUCUGCUCCACGAGGUGAACAACCUGGAGUGUGACACCAUUACUGAUGGCGAGCGUUGCGACAUGACGCUCGUUUUUGCUUCCAAGUUCAACGACCUCGGGCCCGCCGUAUUCCCCGGCUUCGUAUACGCAUGGGUCUCCCUCCUGGAGCACAAGGCUUUCCUCCCAUUGGUCAUGAAGACGCCCGAGAACGCGGGUUGGCCCGGAUUCAACAAGCUGAUGAAGCAGCUUUUGAAAUUUAUUGGCGAGCAGUUGAAGGCGCUCGAGGUGUCCAACCUGGCCAAGGAUCUCUACCGUGGGACGCUCAAGUUGCUGCUAGUUCUGCAGCACGACUUCCCGGACUACCUCGCUGCCAACUACAUCGAGCUCUGUGAGAGCAUUCCGCCGCACUGCACGCAGCUCAUAAACAUGAUCCUGGUUGCUGCCCCGAGUUCCCACCCGAAACUUCCCGACCCCCUUCACCCCGGCGUGCAGGUCGACCGGGUUGAAGAUUCUCGGGAGACUCCAGCUAACAUGGGAGAUCCCAGCGGCUUCCUUCACCAGAUAGGGCUGCUCGGAGUUUUGGAGCAGGCCCUGCGAGCCGGUCCAUCCGAGGAUGCCAUAGCGCACAUGACGCACGCGAUCGGGCGGCCCGACCAGAAGGCGACGGUGUACGGCAACGUGCCUCUGACGGUGAACCCGCGCGUGGUUGAAGCCAUUGUUGCCCUGAUUGGCAUCUCCGCCGUGUCGAGAGUCGAAAAGGGCGGCCAGGUGUUUGUGCCCGGCGCAGCCGACAUCUCGAUCCUGUCCAUCCUUGUGCACGAGCUCUCCCCCGAAGGACGCUAUUUCCUCCUGAGCAGCAUCGUUCACCGGCUCCGGUUCGCCAACGCGCAAACCUCGUUUUUCAGCCAGGCACUACUGGACAUUUUCGGUACCGACAUGUCGGAUGCCGAGGAGACGGAGAUUAGGCAGCAAAUAUGCCGCAUCCUGCUUGAGCGGCUAGUGGGCUACUACCCUCAGCCCUGGGGCCUGCUAGUCACGAUUGUCGAGCUAGUCAAGAACGACAAGUACAUGUUCUUCGAGCUCCCGUUCAUCAAGGCAGCUCCUGACGUGGCUGAGAGAUUCCUCACGAUUCUUACGAGGAGAGGAGGCGAUUAUGGCAUUUAAUGCCAACCACGAACGGUCUUGCGUGACAACAUAUAGUUGCUGCCGUAUCUUCAACAAGCUAGCACUACCCUGCUGCCCAGUAACAAACAACUCCUCACCAUAAGCCGCAUCUGCGGUCAAUUUUUUUCUUCCCCUUUUCGUUUGUCAAGUUUCCAUUUCCAGGCACGGCAGGCCAUGUGGGGGUAGUGGCUUGCUGAACGGGAGAUGAGCUCGCUGUUUUCGCGAAGGACUUGACUUCGUCUACUUUUCCUAGGGUAACUAUCUACAAAACCAACAUAUAUCGAGAAGCAGGUCACGUGUAUGCAUCUGGAGUUUCGGUCCAACUCCAGUCCGAGGGCGAAUCAUGGCGGCUGGGGAAGUUGAUAGGGUGCAUUGCAUGGUAAUGUAACUUAUGUAUUAUAAUAUACGAAUGGCAUGAACAGGGUGGGAGAAAAGCAGCAUUCAUUUCUCGACAGCAUUACAUUUGGUUUCUUUUCAUCUUUUGGCUCCUUCCCGCUCUUGGGUGUUUUGGAGGGUAGACUCGCGGUGAGAUGGCCUUUUCUUUACCUUGUUAUAUAAACGCUGCAUAGUCUAGCCGUGAGGGGGAGAAAAAUAGGUAGCUAUCUAAAGGUUCCGAGACAGGCC